UAACAGGAAAUUUCAAAUAACAGGAAACCGAGGCCGGGGAGGCAGGCGGCUCCGCCUUGCCGGGCCUCAGUCUGCCCCUCGGGGAGGCCAUGAACGCCACCGGGGCCCCGGGGGCGCCCGAGUCCUGCCAGCAGCUGGCGGCCGGCGGCCACAGCCGGCUCCUGGUGCUGCACUACAACCACUCGGGCCGGCUGGCGGGCCGCGGCGGCGCGGAGGACGGCGGCCUGGGGGCCCUGCGCGCGCUGUCGGUGGCCGCCGGCUGCCUGGUGGUGCUGGAGAACCUGCUGGUGCUGGCGGCCAUCCUGGCGCGCAUGCGGUCGCGCCGCUGGGUCUACUACUGCCUGGUGAACAUCACGCUCAGCGACCUGCUCACGGGCGCGGCCUACCUGGCCAACGUGCUGCUGUCGGGCGCGCGCACCUUCCGCCUGGCGCCGGCGCAGUGGUUCCUGCGCGAGGGCCUGCUCUUCACGGCGCUGGCCGCCUCCACCUUCAGCCUGCUCUUCACGGCCGGCGAGCGCUUCGCCACCAUGGUGCGCCCGGUGGCCGAGAGCCGCGCCCGCAAGACGGGCCGCGUGCACGGCUUCAUCGCGCUGUGCUGGCUGCUGGCCGCGCUGCUGGGGCUGCUGCCGCUGCUCGGCUGGAACUGCGUGUGCGCCUUCGAGCGCUGCUCCAGCCUGCUGCCGCUCUACUCCAAGCGCUACAUCCUCUUCUGCCUGCUGGUGUUCGCGGCCGUGCUGGCCGCCAUCACCGGCCUGUACGGGGCCAUCUUCCGCGUGGUGCGGGCCAACGGGCGCGCCGCCCCGCGCCCCGCCGCCCGCCGCAAGGCCCGCCGGCUGCUGCAGACGGUGCUGCUCAUCCUGGCCGCCUUCCUGCUGUGCUGGGGGCCGCUCUUCGGCCUGCUGCUGGCCGACGUGUUCGGCUCCACCGCGUGGGCGCAGGAGUACCUGCGCGGCAUGGACUGGAUCCUGGCGCUGGCCGUGCUCAACUCGGCCGUCAACCCCCUCAUCUACUCCUUCCGCAGCCGCGAGGUGUGCCGCGCCGUGCUCGGCUUCCUGUGCUGCGCGUGUCUGCGCCUGGGCCUGCGCGGCCCCGGGGACUGCCUGGCCAGGGCCGCCGAGGCGCGCGCCGCCGGCUCCAGCACCGACAGCGCGCUGCGGCCGCGGGACAGCCUGCGGGGCUCGCGGUCGCUCAGCUUCCGGCUGCGGGAGCCCCUGUCCAGCGUCUCCAGCGUGCGGAGCCUCUGAGGACGCCGGGGCUGCACGCGGCGGGGGACGCCAGGGCGGUUUCCCGCGGGGACCUCGGACGAGGAGGCCACCCGG